UGCACUACCAAGAACACGAACCUAUAGAUAUACCCAUUUUCACAGAGGAAACAUGGACUCACCCGCACAUGAUUCACCGAAACAUCUUCUGAAUGUCCUGAUCGAUGACUGUGUAGACGAAAUCUUUCGUCGCAUAUUUUGUUUAGAAGAUUAUCUCAACAUGUCGGAAGUUGGGGGCAACACAGGCAAAAAUCGAAAAAAAAGUUAAUUUUUUUUUCGAUUCUCAUACAGUAUUCAAUGUGCCCAAUCCAUUGGUGCUAUCGGCACAUAGGAAUUCGCACUCGUUAUCAACUUAUCAUAAUUUUGAAACAGACUGCAUCAUGCCGGAAAUUAAAUUCAAGGAGAAACAACACCAAUUUGAGAAACAAAGUGCCACUAAGCAAGUCUCGGCUUUAAACUGCAACAUGAUUUUUUAUGUUGCACUUUGUUUCUCACAUUUGAUUUGUGUCGCUUUGGUUCAAAAACUUGCGUUGUUGCUCUUUGUUCGUAGGCAAAUGCCAUGCUUCGAUUCAAUUCUCAAAUAUUCGGAGGGAAUUUUUUUGUCGCAACGGUUCAUAUAUAAAACUGAAUGUUCGUCUUUCUGUCUAUCUGUCCUCCUUUUUUUAUUUCCUUGAUUUUAUAAUUUUUGGUUUUGUAUAUGCAUAUGCCAUUAGAAUUCUUGCGGCUUAAAUAACAGAUUCACAUAUCAGUUUUGAUUUUCAAAUUAAAUUUUCAGAAGUUUGAAGAAAUUUUUUUCCCAUGUUUUUCGUUAUCAUUUGUAUCCUUAGCUGAUUAACAUGAAUAAUUUAAUUCCCUCUAGACAACGUUAUAAAAAUAAUACUUAAAUUUCAAUAUAUACACCGUACAUAAAUAGUGUGAUCCAAUUGUUAAUAUGGUGCUUAUUAAUUUCCAAACGUUUAUAUCAUAUUAUCGAAUAAGAGGCACAACAAAGUGAAACAUGAAUGUGAAUUUUCUUUGACUGAUGAAACUAAAUUUGUAAAUCUGAAUAUCACUUGAUUUGAAUAUCCUAUCGCCGAAGUAGCUGGUUAAUUAUAACGCAAUCUAGUAUAACACAAAUUCCGAAUAAUUAUUUGCAAUUUUAAAUAAUUCUUAUCAAUUCCGAAUUUUCCAAGUUAAAUGGCAAUUAGCUUCGAAAUUAAAAAAAAAACACUUUUAAAAGAUGCAUUGGUCAUGUACAGGAUUCACUUCUAGUCCUAUGUGUUUUUGAGUGAGAAUAUUUAAUAUGCAUUCCUUCGAAAUGCCAAAUGAUCCUGUUGUAGCUAUUUUCGAACCGAAUCACCAUCAAAUUUGAUGAGGGAAAUCGCAUAAUAAUGAAUUACGAUGCUGUAUUAGUUUCCCCCUUGAUGUGCAUGCACACAUGAAUAGAUAUAUUCUUAUGAGCAAAGAUGAGUUCUUCCGAAAAGUCAACAAUUUAAACGAUCCAGACACAAUAACAUUGGUCACCUGGGAAGCUGACGGGAGAGACAUUGGAUUCGGUCCUGCCGAUUGGAGAAGUUUCAGCGGUGGAACUGCUCCAGGUGCAAACAAUGGAUUCCGUGCACAAUUCCUGUACCGAGAAAAGCAAGAUGCUUUUGAUGCAUAUUUGCGUAUGAACGGAAAAUUUCGACAUGUCUAUUUAAAAUGUGGAUUUCUGGGCGACGACGUAAAAAACGGAAAUCCAAUCUAAACACUCAUACAAUCUAACUGCCACAUUUUCAUUCCAACCCAAACGAAAGACAGACAAAUCAAAACGUCAACAUAGAAUUAUUUUCUUCCAUUUGUAUCUUUAUUGCAUAGAAAUUGUCAAACAGGGUAAUUAAAUUGAUUUCGAGAGAAUCGUAUUCAAUAUUUUAGUUCCGAGCAAUAAAAGAAACAAAUACACAGUUGAAAUGGCAUUAAA